CAAAGAACCAAGUCUCUUCGAUGUUCUGGACUUGAAAACUGAUGAUAAAGUGCAUUGAUGCUUCUUGCAUCUGAUUAGCGCUUUUUUUGAUCGAAUAACUCUAUUGAAACCUGCGUAUAUCUGAGGUACGGAGUAGUUGACGGUACCAUGUCCAACUUCGAACCCAAUGCGGUGAUUCGUGGUUUCCAGCUCACCGUGGUAGGAACGGUGCGCGCCCUUCAAAAUCCGGAACUCUUCAAACAUGAGCAUUUUCGGCAAGCGGCAAUUGCCAUAGCCGCUGGAGUUGCCAUCCAUAUCAUUGUGCAGAUACCUAUCCUUGCGAUCAAGGUCUUGCUUUGGAUAGUAUCAUUAGUUGCCGACUUGGAUCAUGCCACAUGGGAUGACAAGCUCCUUGAGGGCUUGGACUUUGUUUCCAAUUUCGUGCUUCAGGUGCCAUUCCUUCUUAUGACGUUGAUGCGAUAUAUUACUCCCACCCUGGAUGACAUUUUCAUGCAAUCCCUGAGAUGGGUCGACACGACCUAUGUCCAGAAGCAUAAGAAGGAUGACCCCAAGGAACUCCGCGCUAUGUACUACCCUAAUCUUGUAAUGUACUCCACCAAGGGUCCUUCAGGACCUUCCAAGCCAUUGCCACAGGCACUGGCGGCUUUUGCGAAGCGAUAUGGCCGCAAGGUUGGAAUGUGGGUGGGAAUAUACCUCCUGUCCUUGCUUCCGGUUGUUGGUCGAUUUGUUAUGCCCGCGGCCAGUUUCUACGCCUUCCGAAAGAGUGUAGGAACGGUCCCAGCGGCUGUCAUCUUCGGGUCGGGUAUAUUCCUUCCCAGGAAACUACUUGUUACCUUUCUACACAGCUACUUCGCAUCCCGCAGCUUAAUGCGAGAAUUGCUCGAGCCUUAUUUUUCCCGUGUCAAAUUCGAUAAGGAGCAAAAACGUCGAUGGUUUCUCGACCGCGAAGGUGUCCUGUUUGGAUUUGCCUUCGGUUUCACGAUCGCUCUCCGGACGCCAUUCAUCGGAGUACUCAUGUAUGGUAUUGCUCAAGCCUCGACAGCUUAUUUGAUUACCAAGAUCACGGAUCCACCACCUCCACCAGCAUACAGUUCAGGAUUCGUGGAGUCUCAGGUGAGAUGGAAGAAUAAGCAUGAGUUCCUGAAGCUGUCACUGGACAAUCUGGACAAGUACAAUGUGGAUCGCACCGCAUCCGCGACCCGACUGUUAAAUAUUCGACGAUUGGCGGAAAACACCCCAUCAUCAACGUCUUUUCCAGUUUCCACAAGCACAAGAACCCCUAAACAGCAGCGAAAUCGGCGCCGGGAAUUGCUCGACGAAAUCCGCACGGCAGUCAAGAUUGACUGGAGCAAGCCUGCCUGGGAGCAGCCUUAUCUACAUGUACGAAAUUGCUUACCAGAUGACAAUGUCUUUCGUUGUUUUUCUAACUUCCCGGCUUGCGCUAAGAUCGCAAACAAUGAGGUCGUCAAGAUCGAAUGCAUGGACUGGACUGGUGGCCAGAUUGGAAACAACGACUCUGCAGACGACCUUCGAAAUGUCGAUCUGAACCGGAUACACUACUUGUCAGGCCCAUUCGACAUCGAGACGGCCGAACCGGGCGAUGUGCUGGUUGUAGAAAUCCAGGACGUUCAGCCAUUCCAAGACCAACCAUGGGGCUUUACUGGCAUCUUUCACAAGGAGAACGGGGGUGGUUUCCUGGAUGACUUCUACCCUGAGUGCGCCAAGGCGAUCUGGGACUUUGAGGGAAUCUUCUGCUCUUCGCGACACAUUCCCCAUGUCCGCUUCCCAGGCCUCAUCCAUCCCGGUAUCCUGGGAUGUGCUCCAUCCGCGGAGAUCCUGGCGGAAUGGAACAAGCGUGAAGGAGAAUUGAUCGCUACUCACUCUCACCUGGGUCGCGACGUUGCAAAGCCACCAGAGCCAAAGUAUGCUCAUGCCGGUGCUGCCACCCCAGAGAUCAAGGAGAAGGUCGCUCAAGAAGGAGCGAGAACCAUUCCCGGCCGACCGGAGAACGGUGGCAACUGCGACAUCAAGAACCUAUCUCGUGGUUCCAAGGUCUACCUCCCUGUUCACGUCCCCGGCGCCAAAUUCUCCGUCGGCGACCUUCACUUCUCCCAAGGUGACGGCGAGAUCUCCUUCUGCGGCGCCAUCGAAAUGGCCGGCAUCAUCACGAUCAAGUUCUCCGUCAUCAAGGAUGGCGUAGCCCAGCUGGGUAUGAAAUCACCUAUCUUCCAUCCUGGUCCCGUCGAGCCGCAAUUCGGCCCGGGCAGAUAUCUCACCUUCGAGGGCUUCUCCGUCGACGAGAAUGGCAAACAGCACUUUCUUGAUACGACAGUCGCUUACAGGCAGACUUGUCUCCGUGUGAUCGAGUAUCUUCGUCGUUAUGGCUACGAUGACUACCAGAUCUAUCUUCUGCUGAGCUCUGCGCCUGUGCAGGGCCAUAUUGCCGGUAUCGUGGACAUUCCGAACGCGUGCACAACGAUUGGUUUGCCCAUGGAUAUCUUUGAUUUCGAUAUAAGGCCUGAAACGAAAGCCGUCAAGUUGGACAUGGGAACGUGUGCCUAUACAAGUGAUAAAAUGCAGAAAUAAUGACCUGGCACGCACAGGUUUAAUGGGGUAAGGGGAAAACUGGGGUGUGUGACUUUGAAGGAGUAUAACUAGUGUUCCUUUUAAGGGGAGUUGUCAGAGGAAAGGCUGCGGGGUGAUGUUGCGUAGGUGAUACCAAGUCUUAGUUAAGUCUUCUAGUUGGCGAGGUCU